UUUUUUUGUAGACUGCAUGAAUGGCGAUCGUUCUCUGCAAGUCUCGGCUUCGUCCCAAACGUAGCCGAAGUGCCAGUGAACUUCUCAAGAGACCUCAAACAUCUCGAUCAAAUUUGCGCCAGAGAAGUUCAUAAGGUGGCAGUGAUUUAUGUAGCCGACGGUCAGGAAGACAAGCAGUCUAUUCUCUCCAACACCAAGGCCUCACCGAGCUUCGAGCGUUUCGUUAGUGAAUUGGGCUGGCCGGUAUGCAUUGGAAAAGGACAUGAAGGUUAUCCAGGUGGAUUACCAUACGACACAAAUGCGCCCUACUACGCUACACCAGAUACAGAGCUAAUAUUUCAUGUUAGCACUUAUCUAUCUGGCGACGUAACCCAGAAGUGGAAACAUAUCGGAAAUGAUGAAGUUCAUGUCGUUUGGUCUGAGCACUCCAAGCCCUAUCGACGGGAGACAAUGGCGACGAAGUUUGGAGAUGUGUUGAUCGUACUGGAAAGAGCAGAUGAAAAGGUGUAA